AUGGGUCAUCUGUUGACUCUGCCACCCAUCUUCUUCUUAGGCCCGUACUCCAACUUCCGUGUCGGCGCCUCUGUUCUCCUCUCGGAUGGGACAUUCCACACGGGCGCCAACGUCGAAGUCGCUGCCACCCCCGUGGGCAUCUGCGCGGAGCGGUGCGCCAUCGCCCCGAUCGUGGCCUCGAUGCCCCGUCCAGACAUGCCCAUCAUCCGCGCCAUCGGGGUCGCCACGGACAUCUUCCCGCCGGCCUCCCCCUGCGGGAUGUGUCGACAGUUUAUCAACGAGUUCGCCACCUCACGGGACCUGCCGAUCUACAUGUACGGCAAGGACGGGGUGGAGGGGGAGGUGGUACGUAUGACCAUUGGGGAGCUGUUACCGAUGAGUUUCGGACCGAAUGAUUUGGAUAGGAAUCCGGGGAAGAGUGAAGGGGUGGGCCUAGGGAAGAUACAGGAAGGGUAG